CUGCUCAUCCCAGCCGGGUACGGGCUGCUGGCAGCAAAUGGGGCACAAUGAGCCCCCCCAGUCCCUUGGGGCUGCUGGGCAGGGGCAGCUCCCCUCGCUACCCCAGUCCCUCUGCUGUGGGAUUAAACACUAAUACUGGCAAAGCCCUCGGUGCUGGGGUGGUGGUGGGAGGAUUCCAAAUGCUCUCUCUGCACUCGAUGCUCCCCGAGGCUGUGGCUGCUCUGGUGAACCAAAACCACUCGGUGCUGGAGGGGGCACCGACUGCCCCGAGCUGCCUCUGCGUACGGUGCUCCCCUGCAGCAGGGAGGCUGCUCAUCCUCUUGGGUUUGUCUGUAAAGGCGUUUAACCAGCUUUUUCUUUCCCCAGACGGUUUUAUAGCAAUGCUACCCUGGAUGAAGGCUCCAGCUGGAGUGCUGGUGUGAGCUGCCCGGAUGCUGCUGUCCUGGCUCUGGGCUCCUGGGACUGGAGAGGUUGCUCUCAGUGCUCCAAAGUCACGUUUCUUCCUUGUGUUUCUGCCCCAGACCAGCCAAACGCUGUUCUCUCUCAUGUUUGUCUCGUAGGAACUGGAUCCUGCCGCCAGUGCUGGAUCUGCUGUGGAGGAUGAGCAGCUCCUCGUCCUUCUCCAGGUCGCUGUUGGAGAGGCCCGUCGCUGCCCCGUGGGGUACGGAGCUGCCCUGGGCUGCUCUGGUGGGAUCUGAUGGCAGGAGUCAGGGGGAGACCGUGACCAUGGAUGGGAUGGGUGUGCAUGGGGAGUUCCCCCCUUUCCCGUGCUGUGUGUGCUGGGAAAGCCUCCUCCCUGCUCCGGGCUCGCCCGAGGCUUGCACGAGCAGCUCACGUGUGCACGGGCGAUGCUGUGUCUCCGCAGGCUGCCGGCUGAACGCGGACACCCAGAGCUGCGUGGUGAAGGAGGACAAUGACUUCUUGGAGCACCUGGUCCUGCUGAAAACGAUCUGCCUGGGGGCUGACGCUACGGAUGAGCUGCACGUAGUGGCCGUUGACUCCAAAAACACCUAUGGGAAGCACAAGCCGGUGCCCAUCGCGGCUCUGCGGCCCUCGGUGCUCCCCACGAUCAGCCUCAAAGGUCUGGAGUUGGUCCCUCCCGUCCGCUUCGUGCUCAAGUGUGGCGCUGGGCCGGUCUAUCUCAGUGGGCAGUACCUCACCUUGGAAGAUGACGACAGGUCCAAAGCCCAGGAAGAAGACGUCUCGGAGGAAGAAGUAAGUGAUGAAGAUGUUGGAGCAUCGUAGAACUGCUGCAGCUCGGAGAAGACUCGGCAGCCCUGGAAGUGGAGUUGAUGUGGUGGGGACGCCGGGGAUGCCCUGUGCCAGGGGCUGCGUGUGCCUCGUGCCAGAUGGGAUGGGUCCUUGCAGGGGGACACAGGCUGUCAGGGCUGUGAUUGUCACCCCUUGUCUCCUCUCUCUUCUCUCCCUGUUCCUACCGUGCUCCCAGAAAUGUUUUUUUUUUCCUCUUUCAUUGCAAUAACAACGAGAGAGUGCAGAUGCCCUGGGGUGUGUCUGGGCUGCUCCGGUGCUGCUGUGCCUCCUCUUACCUCCUGUCCUGCCUCUCCCCACCUGCCACCUCUAGAUGCUCCCUGCAUUUUCCUCUCGGGAAAACACAGUCCACAUGGACGAUGCUGUGGGUCGUG